UUAAACAAAUAAAAAUAGUUACACAAUACUCCCACCACAUUGUAUAUACGAAUCUUCAGUUCACAAUACAAAACAAGCAUUCUCCCCCAAUGUCAUCGGCGCCGGCGCCGGCGAGGUCAUGGCGAACGGCGUUUCUUACCCUGAGGGACGAAAGCUUAGGUUCACCACCGCGGGCCACCGUCCUCCGCCUCCUCAGCCAACUCGUUCUCUCCCAAUCCGAUUCUCUCAUAGCUGCCGCUCCAGAGUUGCCCCCAGACGAGGUUUUGUCCGAUUUGAUGUUGUUGAUGGAGUUGGCGCGGAGCAUUUCUUAUUCUGAAUGCGCUGAGGAUGCUAUUCAGCCCUUCACUAAAUUAUCGCACUUGAUCCAUGGUGUCACUCAUUGUUCUUUUCUGAAAUUGAAUUCCGCAUCUUGGGUUGUUUUUCUUGACUCUUUCAAAAGGAUACUACAUGUUUUGAUUGUGAAAAGCAAAGGAGAGUGUUUACCGAUUGGAAAUGCUGCAGUAAUUAAAGCGACAAAACAAUGUUUAGAAAGUCUAAGGCGCCUUUUUGUUUUAUGUCAGACAGCUGCUUCAAUGUCGGAAAAUGAGCAGCUAUUAAAGUUUACUCUUCAAGUGGUUGGCUAUUUUCAAGGAGAGUCAAUAUACUCUUUUUAUCCAAGUGAAAACCAUACAAUAUUUGGAGGUGUUUGCGAAGUCCUAACAGUUGCAUUUUCCAUGAUUGGUGAAGUAUACUUGAGAGCUGGUUCUUCUUUAUCAGUUGACAUAUCGCAGUCAACAAUUGAGGUCCUAAGAAAAGUUAUGGACGUCGUGGCAUCUCAAAACCUUCUUUUGGAGGAUAAUAUUAUUGCCAUGUUUUACAUUGAGCUUCUCCAUUGUCUGCACUUGGUUCUUACAGAGCCUAAAGGAUAUCUGGCAGAACAUGUGGCUGGCUUGGUAGCAGCAUUGAGAAUUUUUCUCCGCUAUGGCCUUGUAAAUAAGUCCCAUGGUAUGAAUCAAGCAACCAAUCACACGAAGGAAGUUGGUUCGACAAGCCAAAACCCACAAGUUGAAGUAUCAAAUAGACCCAGGAAUGGCCCUUAUAGGCCUCCACACCUGAGAAAAAAUAUUGUGGAAAACCGGCUGUGUAAAGAUGAAUUUAUAUCAUCAGAUUCAGAUUCAAGUGAUAAUGAUGGAACAAUGGUAGAUACUCGUGGUGUCAAGUUCGCUAAGGCUAGGUUAGCUGCAAUUCUUUGUAUUCAGGAUCUCUGCCGAGCUGAUCCCAAAUUAUUUACAGCCCAAUGGACAAUGCUCUUGCCGUCCAAUGAUGUUCUGCAACACCGGAAAUAUGAUAUUACCCUGAUGAGUUGCUUGCUUUUUGAUCCUCAUCUAAAGGUGCGGAUUGCAGCUGGCUCUACUAUUAUGGCAUUGUUGAAUGGGCCUGCAUCCGUUUCCCUUCAGGUAGCUGAAUACAGGGGGCAAUCCAAAUGUGGGUCGUUCACAGCUCUUUCUGUUUCUCUUGGACAUAUCUUAAUGCAGCUACAUUUAGGUACCCUAUAUUUAAUCAAACAUGAAACCAACAGUAGAUUACUGGCGUUGGCAUUCAAAAUCCUGACGCUGUUGUUAUCAUCUACUCCAUAUUCGAGGAUGUCUGGCGAUCUACUCUCAAAGGUUAUCUCUUCGGUUCAAGUAACAAUUGAUGAGGGCUUUCCUUUUCAAAGUGAUCGAAAUAGCUCGCUGGCAGAUGCACUUAAUUGCUUAACCAUAGCACUUUCCGUAUCUCCUUCCUCGACGUGUGUAAACGACAUGCUGCUCGGAGAAAUAUCAACAGGAUCCGUUGAAGGUCAACAGAGGUCUGGUGUACUGAAUUCCUUAUUUCGAUAUUCUGAACAAUUAUCAAGUCCAUUGAUAAGCAUAGAAGCAUUUCAGGCUCUUAAAGCUGUGGCACAUAAUUAUCCCAAGGUGAUGACUUUGUGCUGGGAACGAGUUUCUUAUAUAAUUGCUGGAGUUUUGAGCUCAUCUUCUGAUGUUCCUGUGAGAUUGUGGAGGGGCGAUGUAGAAAAUGCUGUUGCACAAAUCAAGGAGAGAGUCAUAACAGCUGCAGUCAAGGUUUUGGAUGAAUGUCUCCGGGCUAUUUCUGGCUUUAAAGGAACUGAAGAUCUUUCAAAUGAUAAAUUUCUUGACAGUCCGUUUACAUCUGGCUAUGUGAAAACAAAGGCGAUCUCAUCAGCUCCAUCAUACAGUUUAGAGAGUCCGGCCUCAAUUAAGGAUGAUUCAUGUCACUUAGCAAGUCAGCGGUGGGUUGAAGCAACAACCAAACAUAUGCCUAUUAUUAUUAAACAUUCUUCAGCUACGGUAAGGGCUGCAUCCGUGACCUGUUUUGCUGGGAUGACUUCUUCUGUUUUCGUUUUCCUACCCAAGGACAGACAGGAAUUCAUUAUUAACUCUUCAAUUAAUGCUGCUGUCGACGAGGUUCCUUCAGUUAGGUCAGCUGCUUGUCGAGCCAUUGGUGUAAUUGCAUGUUUCCCAGAAAUAUAUCACAGCAGCACAGAGGUCCUGGAAAAGUUUAUUCAUGCUGUUGAUCAGAAUGCUCACAACUCAUUGGUUUCUGUCCGUAUUCCAGCUUCAUGGGCCUUAGCAAACAUAUGUGAUUCUCUUAGUCAUUGCAUGGAUGCACUUCAUGCUGGAAGUUCUAUUGAAUCAAGGAAAAGCUCUGAAUUGAUAUCGUUGCUAGUUGGCAGUGCCUUGCGGUUGGCAAGGGAUAAUGAUAAGGUUAAAGCAAAUGCUGUUAGAGCUUUGGGAAAUCUGUCAAAAUCUGUUCAAUUUACAAGUCAACAACCCGUGACUGAUAAUCCAGUCGAUUUCAAGAUUGAGAACAAUCGCGCAAAAGAAUCCAAGGGUCAUAUGAAAGAAAUGUCAGACUCAUUCCCUUCAGCAUCUUUGGGAGGUUUUGAUUGGCUUGGACAGAUGGUGCACACAUUUCUUUCUUGUGUAACAACCGGAAACGUAAAGGUUCAGUGGAAUGUAUGUCAUGCAUUGAGCAAUUUAUUUUACAACAAAACUCUGAAACUACAGGACAUGGAUUGGGCUUCUUCUGUUUUCAGUAUCCUUUUGUUACUACUACGGGAUUCUUCUAAUUUUAAGAUCAGGAUUCAAGCUGCUGCUGCUUUGGCUGUACCAGAAACUAUAAAUGAUUAUGGAAAAUCAUAUUAUGACGUCAUUAAAAGUGUGGAGCAUGUAGUUGAGAACUUCAAAUCAGAUCAGAUGUCAGAGCCUUCUAACUUCAAAUAUCGGAUUGCACUCGAAAAACAGUUGACGUCUACUAUGUUGCAUCUGUUGGGUCUUGCUGCAAGAUGUGACCACCACGCCAUACAAGAAUUUCUUGUAAAGAAAGCAUCAUUUAUUGAGGUGUGGAUUAAGGAUCUGUGCUCGUCUAUUGGGGAUACAAGUCAGUCGGUUAAUGAGGCGACACAUGUGGUGUCGUCUAUUACAGACAAGAAAAAGGAUGUUUUACUCGGAACAAUUCAGUCGCUGAUUGAGGUGUACGAGAACAGUAAUCAUCGUGUUCUUGCACAAAGAUUUAACAGAUUGGCCAGCACCUUGCUGUAGAUUUAAUGAUUGCAUUGUUUUUAUCUGAUGGACAAGCCCCCUUAGAAAGUUGGUUACGUUUUCGAACUAGGAACAAUUCAAUUCUGUGUCAUUAAUAUAUCAUAUUAGUAGAGGUUUGUGUAUAUUCGAGCAUAUUAUUCUCUAACCAAACUAGGUAAAUUACACACAUGUAAACAAUAACUUGUGUUUAUGACAGCAGGCCAGAUUGAUGAUCGAAUCACACUUUGACAAUUGAGAAUGCAUCGCGUUUUUUGUUUUUUAAUUUUGAAAUGUUAAAGUCU